AAUUCAUAGAGAUAGUGUCUUCUGAUAAUGAUGUCAUGGCAAAAGCUGUCCCAGGCCACCUCUCGUGAAUGUUGGUUCCAUAUCUGUGCGUUUCCUACACUGUCUUCUCUUGUUGUAACACAAGAGUGUGCUGUUUUAACAGUUGUAGUAGUAGCUUGUGACAGCUGCUUGCUGGGUUGGCUUGCAACGAGCUAGUAAGGUAGCUAGCAAGCCUACCAUUCAAGAAAGAUGGCUGCUGAAAACGAUGUUCAUUCUGAGAUUGAAGUUUUGCAGUCAAUCUAUCUUGAUGAGCUGAAAGUUACCCAGCGAAAGAAGGGAGGGUGGGAGGUGAGUUUGGUCCUCUACCCUUCAACUGCAGAGGAUGUUCUCUCUCAGUUUGUUCGCCUCACACUUACCCUCACUCUCGCUCCUCAGUACCCUUACAUUCCUCCAGUCAUAAGCAUACACAACCCUCGAGGACUGUCAGAUGACAAACUGCUCAGUGUUCAGAGAUGUCUGCAGAUGGAGGCAGAAUCCUGCCCAGGAGCACCAGUGCUGUACCAGGUCAUCGAGAAGGCCAAAGAGAUCCUGACUGAGAGUAAUAUUCCCCAUGGGAACUGUGUCAUCUGUCUUUAUGGAUUUAAGGAUGGAGAGGCGUUUACUAAGACCUCCUGCUAUCACUACUUCCACUCGCACUGCCUGGGCCGCUACGUCAGCCACUCGGAGAUGGAGCUGAGAGAGAGGGAGAGGGAGAUCGAGGAGGACAAGAGUCGGGGGAGGAUGGAUGGGGAGGAGCUGGCAGUGGUUUGUCCUGUGUGCCGGGAGCCACUUGCCUGUGACGUAGAUGCCCUUUUGUCUUCUCCUGCACCCGCGUCCCCUGAGACGGCUGGAGCAGUUGGAGCAGACUUUCGGCAAAAAUGGGUAGAACUGAAGAGGAUUUGGGAACGUCAGCGUCAGAGGGGCGGGAUCAUUGACCCUGAGGUGGAGUCCAACAGGUUCCUGAUACAUAUUAAUGAGGGCCCCUCUGAGACCUGCGAUCCCACCAGUGGCACCUCUGAUCUUCCUCCCACCCCACUAGAGACCCCAGCACCCAUCUCUCAGCCCAGCAUCCCCCAGCCCAGCAUCCCCCAGUACCCAGGCCACGGGAGCCGGAGAGGCCACUACGGCAGGAGAGGACGGGGUCACAACAAAGGAGGCAGGAGGGGAAGAGGUGGCCAGGUGCAUGCUGGGAUACCGGAGGCCAUGCCGGAUUUCACUAAGCUCUCCCUUGCUUCUGAGAAGCAUAACCAUGUGAGGGGUGACACGAUGGUUUUGAAUGGAACGUAUGUGGAUACAGGUAGCUGUGGUGACCCAGAGGAACAGGAAGUGAAAACCACCAAUGAGGGCAAGCUUGUAGCCAUUAAAGGUCCGGAAUCUACAGAGGCAGGCAAUUCAAAAGUAUGUCUCACCAGUGACCCAGUACUACAACCCACGGAGUCCACUACAGAGGACGUCAAGGCCCACAGGCAGACGGCGCCGACAGAAAGGCCACGCGGGCGCGGCUACUGGCAGCAUGGCAGGAGGCAACGCCCACAUCACCAGGGGCAACCGCUCGGCCCGCAUCACCAGGGGCAACCGCUCGGCCAGUGGCAGGACAGGAACUUCCGAGAAGGAGAACCGAGAGACCCUACGAGAGGCCCGCACCAUCACAGGGGCUACAGGGGCAGAGGCAGGGGCAGUGGCAGCCACCAGAGCCACGGUAGUGGUGGUGGUGCUGGUGGUGGGCCUCACCGCGGUGCCCCACGUGACUCGCACCAGAGGAGAAUGGAGACCGGACCGGAGACGACUGUGCUCUGACAAAGGUCAAGGGGAGGAACACACACACAGAAAGAUGUUCCUCCCUGCUUACCUUUUAUCAGACUUGCAUCCAAUAAAC